GGCUAAUUUCAAGCUCCUGUUGACUCAGAGAAUGGAGAAGGAUGCUGAUAUUUUGGGGAAAUAUAGAUCGAUUUCCAACAAAUUAAAGAAGAGAUUUCUAAAGAGACCAAAUGUUGCUGAAGGAAGUGAGCAGUAUGGUGCCCUUGGGAAGUGUCUGCAACAACAAGAGUGUCCUCAAUAUGCUGCAUUUUGCUACCUUGCUCAGGCUAGGUGUGAGCACACAUUGGUGAAUGUCGCGGGGGAGGGUCAGGCCCUACUAGAGGCUGCACGAAACUUUGUGCAUGCGGAGCUGGACAAUGUGGGGCUGCGCUGUCCCAGUUUUCAUGAGCAUCUGACAGCCGCCAUCAACUGCUAUUGCCAUGCUGUCCGGGUGCACAUAGAGAACAAGAAUAGUCCCUUAGCUGCAGCUCUAUGUCUGGAGCUGGGAAGUGUGCUCCAGAAGGUGAACAAGCCGGGAGAGGCAAUGGUUCAUUACCAGCGGGCAGCAGAUCUCCAGUCUCAGAGCCCCCUAGAUUGCCUGGUGUCCCUGGGACAUGUGGCCUCCUGCAAGAUACAGUCUCGUGACUAUGACGGGGCCCUUGGCGUGUUUACAGAGAUGGCUUACCUGGCUCAAGAAAGUGGAGGCUCGGGGACCACUGGUCAGCCUAUCGGAGCAUACUGUGACAUCAUUGUUCAGUGUGAAAUCACGCGGGUUCUACUUCUUAUGCUUCUUCAGCCCAGUCCUCAGAGGAUUAGACCUGAGCAUGCUCAGACACUGGAGAAAUAUGCCUGGGAGACUAAUGAAGAAAACACACCUAGUCAGUUUUUAGAUGAGGACCUGUUUCUACUUCUCCAGUCUGUUGUGAUGGCGUGUCAAUCUCAGGACAUAGAGGCUCUCUCCCUGCUGCAGGUCGACCUAUGGCCACGCCUCUCGGCCGAACAGAAUGACCUGCUGCAACUUGUUGUACAUGAAAUAUCCCAUCCAGCUUCAGACUCUGUUAUGUGACCUGGUGGCUCUCCUAGCACAGAAAUAGUGACAUAUAACCUGUAUGAAUAUCUUGCGUGUACAUGUUUUUAUUAAAGAAAAAUGGUGUGAUUUAAAUCGACAUAUACUUAUGAUGUGAGAUGUGCAAUACAUUCCUGAGAACUUUUUUGUACAUUGUUGAAUAUUUUGUGUUGUUUAUGUAAAUGUCUAUGUAGCUUAUGGAUUUUAGGCUGCAAAAUAAGACUGUAAACCUGAUCUGCAGCAUCAUAGCGCAUUAACAACUGUAAUGGAAUUUUAGAAAUGGUUUCAGUCAUUUAUAUUUCUCUCUGUCUGCUGCAGAAAUAAAGAAAUAAAUGCUCA